AUGCUGUCAGAGCGCAAAAAGCUCUUGGCCCUGCUCUCAAAACGACAGCAGCUCGAACAGGAAUAUGAGCAGACCCACAGCUCAUCCAUCCAGUCCCAACUCGACAACAUGGUCCCUGCCCUCGUCAAUUUCUUCAAGUGCACCGACCCAGCCGACCUGGUCAAAAAAUACCCCGCCACCGCGGACAUGCAAGCUGCCGCCGACAAGCAGCGCUACUUUGCCUCGAGAAAGAUCAAUGUCAACCCCCGGGCAGCCCAGGUCUAUGAGCAGCUUCGACAGAAUGGAACCGACGCCGACUACCUCGAGUUUGUACGCAUGACCAAGACCGCCUUUAUCAGCAUCGUCUCCUCCGUCCUCAAGCAGAACCCACUCUACAAGAGCCAGUCCAACGGACAGGAGACCAUCGAGAAGCAGAUGGCGGUCACCCUCUGGCGAAUGGGCCACCAUGGCAAGGACGCUGGAAUUGGCGACGCCAGCAAGAUUUUUGGCCUGUCCGAGGGGUCAAUUAUGAAGUGCACACAGCGGUGUAUGGAGGCCCUCAACGGAAUCGCCAUCGACGUCGUGAGGUGGCCAAGUCAAGGCGAGAAGCGGACAAUCAAGAACAGGAUCAAAGAGCUCGCCAAACAGCCAAUGGUCAUCAGCAACGGUAACGACUACAACAAUGCAGGAGCACCGGAGGACGAACCAAUUGAUGAUGCCAUUGGAGUUCUGACUAGCAUGAAGGUCGUGCUGCACUCGCGACCCAUAAUGACCAACCCGGACGAGUAUCUGGUGCCCGUGCCGCCUCGGUUACUCCACGCUGCGGCGGAAUGGUUUGCUGCCUCAGGAAAGAAGCACUGGACCUCGAUUCCUAUCGCCGAGUCGUCUCUGCUGGUGGGGCAUGACUGGGCCGAUCAGGAUUUCGACCACCCUUCUACCACAUCGACCACUCCAACCGCGCCAGUUGCUGUAACAAAACCGAAAAAGCGGGGAAGAAUGACAACCAAAGGAAAAAGGACAACUAAAAGAUCUUCAAAACAAGCUGAUCCCAAUGACAAGAACAGGGAGGUGGGCCCCGAUACGGAAACAGGAAACAACAACCGCAAACGCCGCAAGGGCCGGAAAUCCCGCACAGCAGAGGUCACACAACAAGUCCCUUUGACCCGCUCAACCACACCCGUGUCAGAAAACUCGACCCCAUCCACUUCAUCAUUAACAGCAACAGCAGCAACAACAAUGUCGACCUCAACACCAACGAUCUGCCCGUCAGGAACGGCCCUAGAUAAUGGCGGAGCAGAGGUGAAUGCAACAGAUGAUCCUGCAGACACCGGAACGCCAACUGACACUGCAGUGAUCAACACACCCACCGACAUAUCGGGUAUCAAAUCUGGAGGAUACGUCCGGCGCGACUAUGGCUAUAACGUCCUGAUGGUCUGCGACUCCACCACCCGAAUCCGGCUUGUCGAAAAAAUGACACCAGCAUCCUGGACCGACCAGCAGUCUCUAGAGUCAAGUACCAUUCACAACGGCGACACCUACUUUGACGAAGGCGAGUACUUGGUCUCGGACGGCACCUUUUCACUUGGCGACACUAUUCUCCCAGUCAUGCCUGUUAUCUCUCCAUGCGCAACAUCUGCCCCGCCGGCACCAACAGCAGACGGAGAUUUCCAGAUAGGGAUCAAGCAGGAGGAUAUCGUCGUCGAUGUGCGUGAUUUCGAGGAUGCCGAUAUGGAAGAGGUGGAGGCUCAAAAGCGACUGUACGAGAGUUUGGCACGGAUUCACAAGCGAGCUCGGGAUUGUGAGCGAAUGCUGAAGGCUCGGUUCCCUAGUCUGCUGGGCGUUCGUGUUCAGAUCAAGGACGACCAGGUCGGACACGAUAAUGUCAAGAGCUGGAUUAUGGCCUGCGCGACAAUCCACAAUCUGGUCCUAGCCGAUGACACAAGUUUCAACCCGGAGUGGGAGACGCAGCUAGAUCGCUGGGAGGAACUAUUUCAUGCGCACCAGGAACAUCAAGCCCGAUACAUUUGGAAGGCCAACCAUAAGCCUCAUCGGAAACCAGCCAGGAAAUUGGAUCUGAACAACACAAUAAGUGGGUCCGAGGAUCCUUUGUCGGGUGAUAUGAAUGACACGGAGGCAGAGGACAGCAACAGUGUUCGUGCAGGAUCCAAUCUCUCGACAGUCCAGUAUUCGACCAUGUCGCCACAACCGGCACAACCGCCAGCAUCAACCGAUCACCCUUCACUGCCUCCACUGGUGUAUGGAGACGAACUCGCGCGAGAGUUCAAUUCUAGACUUGUAGAGGCAGGAUCGUUCCCGCAGAACCAGGCUCUCGGCGAGGCGGACUUUACUGAGACGCUGAACCGUUUGAGCGAGUCAAUCAAGGCAUUUACCCAGACCAAGGUGGACACCCAGACCCUGCACCAGGAACACCAACAACAACUUCAGGAGCAUAUGGAGCACCAACAACAGCACCACCAGGAGCCCAGUGGUCACAUUCACCCUUCGACUUCUAUGGAUAUCGAGGGUCACUCGUCGACCAUGCGCUGA